CCUGGGGAAAAUACCUAUGCUUAGUACCCCACAACCGUUUUAACAGCGUAAAUAAUUUAUUCUCUCACCUUCUCCCCUGUAAAAACCAAGACCUACCCUUGAUAUCAUCACAAGACCAACUCAAUUCUGUCCAUUUCCUUACCAUCAUUCAACUUCAUCAUUGGAGUUUUGGUUUUAAAACCCUCGUGCAAGAGCACGUAUAAUAAUUCGAAGAACUCUAUCUAUAACUUAUCUCGAAAACAAACACUAUCAUUAAAGGGUUUUUGUUUCAAUUGAUGUGACGUUAUGGAGGCACUUCAGCUAGCUCAGAUGCUGGCAGAUAUCAAUGAUCUCCAAGCCACUCAUGAUCAAACCGCUGCAAAAGAUCUGGUUACUGCUAACCGGACACUUGACCGCAAGAGCCAACUACAGCUAGAGCAGCAUCAACAACUUCAACCUCGAAGCGUCCCCGAAAGCAGAGUCACUUCUCCUCCAGGACGUAUGACCGACAAGUUUGGCCGUCGCAUGCUCACACCGCCACUUACCAGAACAAACUCUGCAUCGCCAUCAAUGCCCGGAAGUCCUUUAGGAGGCGAGCGACCCGAUGCCGACAUUGACAGAGCUACCACUCUUCUUUCCCUCUACGAAAUCCGUGCCAAGCUCAAGGAACAGGACAACAGCGGCUUGAUGAAGGCUCGCGAGAAGAUCAACGCCCUCGCCGCAAAGCAGGCUCACGUGUCUAGCGAGCACAAGAGAGAGCGAAAAGAAGUCGACCGACUAAGCUACCCCAAGUGAACACAAACAUAAACAUGACACGGUUUCGAUCAAAUACAUUCGUUCGGAUACUCUGAUUACCAACUGCAUCAUGAUUACUGGCGUUUUACAAAAGGACCAAGCGGAUGAAAUGGGAAGCGGAUAAGCUAUCAAGACUGAGCGAGGUUGCUCUCUGGGAACAAAAGGCGUACAAGCUGGCUGAAUAUGGUUGAGUAGGUCAUGCUGGUUUUUGGAACUGGGUUUGUUGUUAUGAUCAGAAAUACGACUACAACAUUGAAUUAUGGGUGAGCCUAUAUGGGAACUAAUGCUAAUUACCGAGAAAAGCGGCGCGCGCAAGUAUAUGAACUCACGAAUGCUUCGCUAUCUUAACUCGAGUCCACUGAUAUAAUAUUUUAUAGC